AUGGAAACAGCAGGACCUAAGCGCAACGAGCUCGGCGUCCAGCUCCUGUCUAGAGACAUCCACAAGCAAAUCUUCCGCAACGUCUCCUUCCCGCCUCCCCCGCAAGCCUUCGUCAAAACCGCGCAGGAACAUCUCAAGGCACAUGGCCUCGAUCCCAGUCAGGGGUCAGUCCUGCCCAACAUCGAGUUCACACUCCCCCCGCUGCAGGGACGCACCCUCGAUGAACACUUCUACCGCAUCGGCAGCAGCGCAGCGCAGCCCUGGCUCACGCUCGCACAAGAUCUGGCCUCGGCGCAACUGCCCCCCAAACCGGACCAAUGGCACAUCCAGGCCGGAUGGACGCGGUACUCCUUCAUGUCGGACGGUUCGAGCUACAGCGAGCACGUGCAGUUCCCGGAGUUCGAGGGCAAGCCGGAGGAGAUGCUCACAUUUGACGUGGAGACGCUGCCCGCAUACACCCCCUUCGCAGUCAUGGCCUGCGCCGCGUCGAAACAUGCGUGGUAUUCGUGGAUAUCUCCUUGGCUCCUCGGCGAAUCAUCCGAGCCCCAGCAGCUCAUUUCCUUCGGCGACCCGUCGGUCCCGAGGGUGGUUGUCGGACAUAACGUCUCGUACGACCGGGGUCGUGUACUGGAGGAGUACAACAUCAACGGGACGCAGACGCGGUUUAUCGACACCAUGGCGCUGCACAUAGCAGUGAAGGGUAUAUCGUCGCAUCAGCGCCCGGCAUGGAUAAAGCACCGCAAGUCGAAGGAGAAGGAGCAAGAGCAGCGCUCGGAGGCUAUAGAGACUGUCUACGACCUUUUGCGCGAGGCUGAGGAGCGGCUUCAGAACGAAACCGAUCCCCAGGCCAGAGCGGACCUCGAGCGCGUCAUGCGUGAGAUGGAAGAGAGUCUUCCGACGCUCCAGGCUGCGCACCUCACGCCUGAAAUCGUCGAAGAGGAGAUCACGGAGAAGCGGUGGGAAGACCUCACGUCCGCGAACUCCCUGGCCGACGUCGCGCAGUUGCACUGUGACAUCACGAUGGACAAGGAGGUGCGGAACGAUUUCAUGACGUCGACCCCGGAGGAGAUCCGCGACGGCAUCCACACGUACCUGGACUACUGCUCGACGGACGUUGCGGUGACGCACGCGGUAUUCGCCAAGACGCUCCCCGCGUUCCUGACGGCGUGUCCGAACCCCGUCUCCUUCGCUGGGGUGCUGACGAUGGGCUCGAGUCUCCUUACGGUUAACGAAGAGUGGGACAAGUACAUCGCCAACGCAGAACGGACGUACAGGGAGCUCGAAGAGAAAGUGAAGAUGCGCCUCGUCGACCUCGCCCAUGAGGCAAAAAACCUGAUGGAGGGGGACAAGUGGAAGGACGACGCCUGGCUCAGUCAACUCGACUGGACACCGAAAGUCGCGAGCAAGUCAAGAGGCGUGUUUGCUCCUGAGGUCCCGUUACCGGAGCCUAUCGCUGAGGAACCCUCAAUACCGAAGUGGUACAGGGACGUUGUCGCGGAUCCGUUCAACCCCACCGCUGUCAACAAACUCCUUCCUCUCCUCCUGCAACUCAGUUAUGACGGCCAUCCUCUGCAGUACUCUGUGGCAUUUGGAUGGCAUUACCUCGUUAACGGAGAGCCGCAGACUCUCCCGACCUCUGGCGGCAAGAAAGUGAUCUCUGUGUUGGGUACUGUGCACGGCAUUCCAGGUAUACAGAGCGGGCGGCUUUCUGCAACCGACACGGAUCUGGCGCUGGCAAUCUGCAAAGGCGAUUUUUUGUCAAACGUCAGGCAAUCGGUCUUGAGCCUUGCUGAAACGCUCUCGGAGUCCUCUCCUGAGGUGAUCGCCGCCAGUCCUUCUUUGCGGCAGCUCGAGUGGAAGGCUGUUAAGACGGCUGCUCCUUCCGCAAAGGCUCCUCCCUCUCCUAAGUCGAAACGUAAACCAAAGGCGGCUCCCCCACCGAAGCCGACUCCGGUGUACUGGCCGAAGUGGUACUGGGACCUCACGAAGCCGAAGAAGGAUUGCGCCCCAGGCACGCUCGACCUGACGGUGCGCAAUCGCAUUUCACCGAUCCUCCUACGCUUGUCCUGGCUGGGCUGGCCGCUCUUCCACUCUCGAGAGCACGGGUGGACCUUCCGCGUGCCUAAGAACGCGGACUUCCAGACCCGUGCGACCCCGCUGGUCCUGGCGGAUGACGCAGAUGCGGACCUCCAGGCGAUGAUCGCGCAGGACGGCUACAUGUUCUACAAGCUUCCGCACAAGGACGGCGAGAAGGCAAACGUAGGCAGCCCGCUUGCGAAGACAUUCAUGAAGUACUCGCAGGAUGGGACGCUCGCGAGCCCGUUCGAGGAGGCCAAGGGCGCGCUCGAUAUGAACGCGCAAUGCAGUUACUGGAUCUCCGCGCGCGACCGCGUGAUGAACCAAGUAGUCGUCUGGCAGGAUGACAAGCUCGACGUCGGUGUCGCGCGCCCCGCAGAGCCCGGCAAGAAGUGGGGCGUCAUCCUCCCGCAGGUGAUCACCAUGGGCACAGUGACGCGGCGCGCCAUCGAGAAGACAUGGCUCACGGCGAGCAACGCUAAGAAGAACCGCGUCGGGUCCGAGCUGAAGGCGAUGGUGCGUGCGCCGCCGGGGUACGCGCUCGUCGGCGCGGACGUGGACUCAGAGGAGCUCUGGAUCUCGAGCGUGAUGGGCGACGCGCAGUUCGGGCUGCACGGCGCGACCGCGAUCGGGUGGAUGACGCUCGAGGGCACGAAGGCGGCGGGCACGGACCUGCACUCGAAGACGGCGAGCAUCCUCGGCAUCUCGCGCGACCAGGCGAAGGUGUUCAACUACUCGCGCAUCUACGGCGCGGGCAUGCGCCACGCGGUGCUGCUCCUCCUGCAGUCGAACGCGGGCAUGCUCCCCGAGCAGGCGCAGAAGCUCGCGGAGAACCUGUACGCGUCGACGAAGGGCAAGAACACGCACGGCACGCGCCUGUUCGGGCGCAAGUUCUGGUAUGGGGGCACGGAGAGCUUCGUGUUCAACAAGCUCGAGGAGAUCGCGCUCUCUGACCGUCCGCAGACGCCCGCGCUCGGGUGUGGGAUCACGUAUGCGCUCUCGAAGGAGUACCUCCCCGUCGGGUUCGGCUCGGACUACAUGCCGUCGCGCAUCAACUGGGUCGUGCAGUCCUCGGGCGUGGACUACCUGCACCUGCUCAUCGUGUCGAUGGAGCACCUCAUCGCAAAGUACAACAUCCAAGCGCGCUACCUCAUCUCUGUGCACGACGAGUUGCGCUACCUCGUCAAGGACGAGGACCGGUACCGCGCCGCGCUCGCACUGCAGAUCGCGAACCUGUGGACGCGCUCCUAUUUCGCGUACAAGCUCGGGAUGGACGACCUCCCGCAGGGCGUGGCCUUCUUCUCCUCCGUCGACGUCGACCGCGUGCUCCGCAAGGAGGUCGACAUGCCGUGCGUCACGCCCUCGCAGCCCGUGCCCAUUCCCGCUGGUGAGAGCCUCGACAUCCUGCAGACGCUCGAGAAGACGCACGGGGGCUCGCUGUGGGCGGACGGCGCGCCGAUGGUGGAGAACGACGGGCUGGACUGCGGGAGCAGCUUGUUCGGGUACAGCCCGCCCGACUGCCUUGCUCACCGCGCACAUAGCGCGCCGUGGCUGCGCGCGCAGGCGACGUCCGACCUGGACGAGAUCAAGCGGCUCGCGCAGUCGUACCGCGGCGCGGCGGCGGAGGCGAAGUCGAAGGCGAAGCGCGGGAACCCGAACUCGGGCCUCAGGCGGCUGCAGAAGGUCAGGGCGCUGGGCAGUGGCGGGAACGUCGACUGGACGAACACCGUUGAGCAGUUCUUGAAGGCGCUGCAGUCGUGAGGGGGAGCGGUGGAGUAAGUUAUUCAUAUAUCGUAUCUCAUAUAGUGUAGACGUAGAUCUCCGUCCUGGAUUAAUUGGUGAUGCUUGGUUUAU